GCAAGUGAUAGAAAGGAAAGAGUGUUCAGUUCGUCGCGUGUGUAAGUGCUUAGGCAUUCUUAUACUGUAGUGAACUGAGAAUGUGUAGGUUAUCUUUUUUGUGUGUGUUUUACACUAUAUGGAUUGUGUAAAAGUAGUGUAACUUGAUCGUCAAAAGAUGCUGAAACUAAGAGCAUUUUACUUCAGAGAAAGCAUGUUCCACGUCGUCAUCCGUAGGAGUGUUGGUGGUUGCGCCAUUUGGUGGAAAUUCUACCUUUCAUACACCAGUAGGUAGAUGGUUUUCCUCAAGAAGAAAUCUUCAAAUCAGGACCUGCUGAAUUUAGAGCAAAGGUCCAAAUCCCGCGUAUUGUCACCCCUUCUAGUCCUUAGGUGGUCAGCUGAAAUGACCUCUCAUCCACCAAUGGAGUGUGGGAUCUGUCAUGAAAUUCUAGACGGGGAAGAGCGUUGUCCCCUCCUGCUUCCUUGUUGCCACUCUGUCUGUGCAGCCUGCAUCGGACAGCUUGUUGAUAAUGACUCAAACUCCUGUCCCUUCUGUCGUAAGGUUUUCAGUGGUACAUCUACAAAGUCCUUUAGCCCUAAUUUCGCCUUGCUUGAUAUGCUGAAUUAUGUCAAAAGAUCAGAAGAUGCCAGUGAACGUCCUUUCCCCAAAAUGAGGAAGAGAAGAGCUUUUGAGGAGUGGUUCAAGGGUAUUGAAAAUGACACUGACAAAAUUUGUAGAGAAAACAAAGUAACUUGUUGCGAUAUUGAAAACUUAAUGGAAAGACUUUCAAAACUAGAGAAAGAACUAAGAGUCUCCAAUAGAAAGAUAGAUAACGAAAUUACAAGAGACUUGAUGGAAACCAAGAAAGCUAAUGAAAAGUUGGUCAGAUACAUCCAAGAAGUGAAGGAGAACCUGAAGAGUUUCCUCUCCGAGGCUAAAGGAAGACAACUUGACUUGGAAGAGAAGCAAAGCAACUUGAAGCCAACUGAGAAUUUCAUCUCAUCAUCUCAGUUGUUGGACGAAACGGAGAAAAGCGGUCACAGAUGGAAGGAGGAAUUGAUGAAAGAAAAGGUGCUGGUAAAUGGAUAUAGGAAACAUACCAAUAUAAUAGCCAAGGUGGCGGAGAAAUGUAAGAGCAACUUGACUGUUACAAGCGGAGCCCUGACAUCCUGCCUAGCACUGGAAGAAGAAGAGGUGGAAUUUCUGAAAUGUCUGAAUGAAAAAAUUGUAAUGUUACAGUGGACCAACAGCAGGGGGUAUAUGGCAGAGGAAAAGUUACAGAAAGUUGUCUGUGCAGUUCAGAGGGCAGUCGUCUUCUUAGCGGGCAACAGCAGAAUGUUGAGGUCUUUGUUUGAGGAAAAGUUGCCGAUGUUGGGUGCUACAGUUCACGAUGCUGUCAUUUCGCCUCUUAGGAACAGCAGCAUAAUGAUGUUUUUGCUUGAGAAAAAGCAGCAGAUGUUGGAUAAAGCAAGUCAUUCAAUAUGGAAUUACCAGGCAUGGACAAAUUCAGUAUGGAGUUACCAGGCAUGGACCAGGAUGAGGGAAAAUACCCAAAGAAGAGAAUAAAUCUGAGGCCUUUCAAAGCACAGAAGAUUACAGCGAUGUGAUGAAGGGAAACGAGAGAACCUAUCGACAAAAGAGUCAAAAUAGUGCUGUGGUAUCCAUUAUACCAAAACUAUAUAUGAGAUUAGAACCAUUUGAUGUU